AUGGAGCCUCUUAUGGCUGCCGAUGCCGUCGCCCACUCCCGCCGCCGCUUCUCGGCCUCAAAGUCCUCCUCCAACAUCUUCGACAAUGUCAAACCCCGCCCCCAGACCAGCGAUGCCGGCGCACUCGAUCCCGAUACCUGCCGUAUAUGCAGAGGCGAAGCGACCGCCGAGGAGCCGUUGUUCUACCCGUGCAAAUGCAGCGGCAGCAUCAAGUUCGUCCACCAGGACUGUCUGAUGGAGUGGCUGUCGCAUUCUCAAAAGAAGCACUGCGAGCUCUGCAAGACGCCCUUCCGCUUCACGAAGCUCUACUCGCCCAAGAUGCCCAAGACCCUACCAGCCCACGUCUUCGUCGGCCACAUGGCCAAGUACCUCUUCAGGAACGUCCUGGUCUGGCUGCGAGCUGCCCUGGUCAUUAGUGUCUGGCUCUGCUGGUUGCCUUACCUCAUGCGCUCCGUCUGGGCGUUUCUCUUCUGGGUCAGCGACGAGGGAUUGGGAAGCGGCGCUUUGUGGAAUAGCUCGAAUGCAACCGUUAGCAAAGGUGUAUCCGUAGCCUUCUCCGUCGCUUCAUCCAACGUUUGCCCGGCAUCGCCCCUCCUCGAACCCACGACAACACCCGCAAACCUGGGAGGAAUGCUGAAAGAUAUGAUUCAGGGUCAGGAACUGCCUUUCAGCCGCUCCUUCCACGGCGUCAACAUUACUACCAACGAUUCCGUCUCGGCUGCCCUGCUCAGAAUGCUACUUGGGUCCAUCACCUCCUCGGGAUCUGGAAACUCGACCUCUGCGGCGGCCGGGGGUAGCGAUCCCGUCUUGGACCGCCAUCCGUCACUCUUGAGCGGUGUUGGCUGGUUGCGCAACCUGACCCGGUACCCGGUCGUCAACAGAACCGUCAUCGGUGUGCUGGAAGGCCAGAUCAUCACCAUUCUGGUCAUCAUCUCCUUCAUUUUGGUUAUUCUUGUGCGCGACUACGUCGUGCAGCAACAGCCAGAGAUCAACAUGAGAGCCGCCUUCGCAGCUAAUGAGAACCAGCAGGCGCAAGCCCCGCAUCAGCAUGAAGAGCAUCAACAUGAACAUGAACAUGAUCAUGGCCAUGACCAUGCCCAUCUUGAACACGACGCUGGAGACUUCGACUUCGACCAACAUGACCAUCAUGAGAGUGACGACGACGAUUUUGGCUCAAUGACCGGGGCUCACUACGGAUCAGAGGAUGAAAUGCCUCCUAUGACAUGGGAAGAGCAGGAGCCGGAUGGAGAGCCUGCAGAGCCAGCACCACCACGAUCUUUGGGAGGAUUUCGCCCUCGUGCAUAUGACAGCGCUGAGCCUGAUUUCAACUUCAACACGCCGCCCCAGGCUACCCCAAACAAGGACUCGCAGACGCCCGUCGCUACUGUCCAUGAGUAUCUGCGGAUUUACCGGCAAGCAGGCGGCGAUCCGGAAAAGAUUCUGAAAAUCAUUGAAGAAGAGGACCUUGAUGACACUCUUGGUUACUGGGCUAGGAUUACGCGAUCCAUGAUUGACAAGAACAACAAGGAUGCUGGCGCAGGCCAGUCAAAGAACGAAGCUGGAUCAGACGGACCCUCGAAUCCCAAAGAAACACAGGCAUCUCCGCAGCCCCCAGUUCAAUUGCCCGCGCCGUCGACGCCUCAAUUUUCCUGGCCGCCUAAUCCCCCAGCUGAGAGCAGCACGAACGGAGAUGCCAAGGGAAAAGGAAAGGAGGUUCAGGAAGAUACUCAGCAGUUCCGCUUCGGCGACGAAGCGAACACCGCACGUUCAACUUCUUUCCAGAGCCCUCUACGACCCCGAGCUGUCUCCGACGGCCCCCAGCGCAAUGAGACUAUCAACCCGCUUGCCAAUAACAGUUGGUCCUUUUCAAACAUCAACACGGAAACGCCGGCCCAGCCGCAGGAGCCAUUACCCAUUCCCCGCGCGGCGCCUCAACCUCGCCAGUACGACUUCUUGGGAUCUGCAACUCCGCCCCUGAGCACCUCGGCUGAAUAUGGCUCUGAUAAGGACACUGGCUUCGAGCGCAUUCACACUCCUCAGGACAACGCUUCUUUCGAGGGCCCCGAGCUUGGACCGCAGACGGCAGACUUUAUCGGACCUCAACAAGACAGUGGAGUUGUUGAAGACAUUGUCGAUGCUCAUGGCGAGAUCCAAGAAACCGAGGACGGCCGGGUUCCCCAGCGCCCGCCGCUGCAGCGAGGCGUCAUGGAUCGCGUUGCUGAUUUCAUGUGGGGUGACAUUGAGCCCCGAGAGUUAGACAUUGGUCGGGAGGGAGAUGAGGCUGCUCAUGAGCAUGGCGACGACACCGACGAAGAUGACUUUGACGACCUGGAUGACGACGAUGAUGACGCAGUGGAGCAAGACCGCGAGGUUGUUGAAGCUGCCGUUGCCGCUGGACUGGAUCCCGAAGCAAUUGAUGACGCUGAGGAUUUCGAAGGUAUCAUGGAGUUAAUCGGCAUGCGAGGUCCUAUCGCUGGGCUAUUUCAAAACGCCAUCUUCUGCGUCGUUCUUGUUUCAGUCACCAUCUUUGUCUGCGUUUUCCUGCCUUACAACUUGGGCCGAGUCAGCGUGUGGGCAGCCAUGAACCCGAUGCGCCUGGUCCGUAUGCUGUUCAGCUUGACGAAGUUCAUCCAAGAUCUCGCUGUUGGUAUCAUGACUGGCAUCUCUAGCUUGGUUCUCUUCUUCGUCUACACCACUGGCAGAAUGAUGGGUUUCCCGGCUAAUAACGGCGUCGGUGCGCUGUCCAUGAAGACCUUUAACUUGUUUACCAGCGCGUCCAUGCGAGUCCUGGAAAGCAUUACCGGCGAACUGCCUCUCAUCUCGACCACCGAAAUGCAAAAUUUCUCCGCCAUCAGCCACGAAGCGCUGUUGAAUCUCAAGGCGUGCCUUUCCGGUUCUCUGGCUGCUGUUGGGGAUGUGCUCAACUCGAUUUUCGACCGCGACCUGAUCACAAAUGCGAAGUACAUGGGAUCACUUUCGGCCAACGCCACCAUGUAUGCUUGGAAUGCUGCGCAAGACCUCCCCAUCAGCAUUCUAAACCCUGGAUCAUGGGUGAUCAGCUUCAGCGUGCCCGAGCUUUCUACCUCCGUUAACCCUGCCCUCUCGUACUGGUCAGGAACCGACCGCUUCUGGGCCAUUCUAUGCGGUUACUUUACGUUCUCGGCUAUCAGCGCUCUCUAUCUGCGGAGAGGUUCACCAUUCUCCACCGGGCAGACAGGACAAGAAUGGGAAGCGUCGUUGAUCGACCUGUUGAACCAGGCCAGCGGCGUGAUGAAGGUCAUUCUCAUAAUCAGCAUUGAGAUGCUUAUUUUCCCGCUGUACUGUGGCCUCUUGCUGGAUGUCGCAUUACUCCCGCUCUUUGAGGAUACCACUUUGAAAUCUCGUGUCGCCUUCACGAUAAACUACCCGCUCACCUCCAUCUUCGUCCACUGGUUCGUAGGCACAGGGUACAUGUUCCACUUUGCGCUGUUCGUCUCUAUGUGCCGCAAGAUCAUGCGUAAAGGUGUCCUUUACUUCAUCCGCGACCCAGAUGACCCUGAGUUUCACCCCGUACGCGACGUUCUGGAACGCAACGUCAUGACGCAGCUGCGAAAGAUUCUGUUUUCCGCAUUUGUGUACGGAGCCUUGGUCAUUGUUUGCCUUGGUGGAGUGGUCUGGGGCUUGUCCCUUACGCUCCCCAACGUUUUGCCGAUCCACUACUCGUCGAAUGAACCGGUACUCGAGUUCCCCAUCGAUCUGCUCUUCUACAACUUUGCUAUGCCCUUGGCUGUCAAGUUCUUCAAACCUAGCGACGGCCUGCACGCCAUGUAUACCUGGUGGUUCCGCAAAUGCGCCAGAGGUCUCCGCCUGACCUGGUUCCUCUUUGGCGAACGACGCAUUGAUGAGGAAGGUAUUCUAGCUCUGCGACCUGGUUCGGAGCACGACGCUCUGCCGUGGUGGAGGCGCCUGUUUCUCGAAGUCAACAAGCAGAACAAGGUCGUGCCGAAGACUUGGGAGGACACUUUUGAGGGCGGCACAGCCAAGCCGGUGUCGUCCAUCGCAAAUGACCAGAUGAUGAUUCUGACCCUGAAGAAGGCUCGCCUUGUGGACUCUGGCCAGCUGAUCGAGGACGGCUGCUUCGUGCGCACGCCCGCAUCUGACCAGGUAAAGAUUCCGAAGGGAAGACGCGUAUUCAUGCCAGUUACUGAAGCCAACACUCGGCUGGACGGCAAAGAUGACUCUCCCGACACCGAUCUGUACUCUACGGACCAGUACCAGCCGGUGUACAUCCCCCCGCAUUUCCGAGUCCGAGUCUUCCUAUUCAUCAUGUUCAUCUGGAUCUUCGCUGCCGUUACGGGUGUUAGCUUCACAAUCGUCCCCCUCGUAUUUGGCCGCAAGAUGUUCAAGGUCCUUAUUCCCGCACACAUCAGGACCAACGACAUCUACGCUUUCAGCAUUGGCAUCUACAUCCUUGGUUCGGUGGCCUACUUCUUGUUCCAUGCCAGAUCCCUCUUUAAGAGAAUGACGGCUUGGGCUUCAAACGCAUUACAGACCGUAUGGCAUAGCGAUGCUCCGAUGAGGUUUGCGCUUGUCGGAAUCCAGGCCGCCAAACUUGUCUACACAUACACCGUUCUUCUAGUCGUUUUCCCGCUGAUCCUCACCGCCCUCAUGGAGCUAUACUGCCUUAUCCCUCUCCAUACUUACAUGUAUCCUCCUACCCCCUAUGUCGUUGAGGCGAACAGUGGGGGCCAGUUCAAGGAUGGGAUCGUCGUGCCGAACCAUCAUACUGCGAGAGUUAUUCAGUCUUGGACACUAGGUCUGUUGUACGUCAAGCUUGGCGCUCGCGCCAUUACAAGUCUCUACGAGGGUACGCGCAUGGCCCAGGCCGUUCGUGCCGUCCUUCGCCGCGGCUGGCUUCAGCCUGACGUGCUCAUCCUCACCCGGGCGUUUGUCGUUCCCGGGGUCCUCGUCGGCGGCCUAGCCAUCUUUGGACCUCCAUACGCCGUUGGCUGGAUGCAGUCCCACGGCGCACUCGGAACGCCUCUCCCGGCCCCUCACGAACUCAAGGUGUUCUACAGACUGUCCUACCCCGCCGCGGCAUUCAGCGCCCUGGCUUUGAUGGCAUUCUGGAGUGUCGUUGGCGUGUUCAACAAUUGGAAGGCACGUAUCAGAGAUGAGGCGUAUCUUAUCGGGGAGAGACUGCAUAACUUUGGAGUCGGUGCUGCCGGAGCGGCAGGCGCCCGCGGGCCUUGGAGAGUCAGGGGCAGGUUGUGA